AUGGCUUCGGAGAUGGAGUCGUCGCUGGAGGCGAGCUUCACGGCCAGCGGAGCGCUGACAAGUUCCUCCGCGUUCCUGCCGCCGGCGCGCUCCCGCAUCUUCAAGAUCAUCGUGAUCGGCGACUCCAACGUGGGCAAGACCUGCCUGACUUACCGCUUCUGUGCCGGCCGCUUCCCCGACCGCACCGAGGCCACCAUCGGCGUGGACUUCCGAGAGCGAGCCGUGGAGAUCGACGGGGAGCGCAUCAAGAUCCAGCUGUGGGACACCGCGGGGCAGGAGCGCUUCAGGAAGAGCAUGGUGCAGCACUACUACCGGAACGUGCACGCCGUGGUCUUCGUGUACGACAUGACCAACAUGGCCAGUUUCCAUAGCCUGCCGUCUUGGAUAGAGGAAUGCAAACAGCACUUGCUAGCCAACGAUAUACCGCGGAUUCUCGUGGGAAAUAAAUGUGACUUAAGAAGUGCCAUUCAGGUACCUACAGACUUGGCACAAAAAUUUGCUGACACACACAGUAUGCCUUUAUUUGAAACCUCUGCUAAAAACCCCAAUGAUAAUGAUCACGUGGAAGCUAUAUUUAUGACCUUGGCCCAUAAGCUUAAGAGCCACAAACCAUUAAUGCUUAGUCAACCCCCGGAUAAUGGAGUUACCCUGAAGCCUGAACCAAAGCCUGCGAUGACGUGCUGGUGCUGA